AUAGACUAUAAUUAUUAUAAUACUAUAAUUAAUAGUAUUAUUUCUAUGCUAAUCCCUAACUACAUUUAAAAUUGAUUUUUAUACAGCGCCAUCUAUGUCGUUUUAUUUGUAGUAGGUGGGUUGUAGUUUUCUUUAAAUUGGUAGUGGGGGCGGAAGGAGUGAGAUGGCGACGUUGCAGCUGUCAUUCGAAGGAAAAUCUGUUGUCAAAGUUUGUAAUUUUUUUCCGUGGUUGAUAAUUAAAGAUGCAGCGCCGAAGCGCCGGGUAGCGUCCAGCUUAAGGAUUUCAGGCGAAAACGUUGUGUUUGCUCGUGUUUUGUUUGUGUACGUCGUUCGAUUGUUUGAUUUGUGAAUCGAGGUAGCUUCGCGCCGUUAUUAACGGAGUAGGCGCCGGUCGCCAUGUUGAUUUGUCUAUACAAGCCAUCAUGGGUUAGUUGAUUGUUCGAGUAAGAGUGCUUGAUUUUUGAGGAAAAAAUAAUGCAUUUGGUGCGUUGAGGGAGUAAAGUACGGUGUGAUUCGCGUUUAGAGCAGUUUUCGUGGUGUUGUGUUUGUGGACAAUGUUCUGCGCAUUUAUAUCGGUCAUAGAGGAGCUAUGUUGAGUUAGGUAUAGCUGCUGGGAGUCGACUGCGAAAAGUAUCUUUUAACCACCCUGAUAUCGGGGUCGCGCUUAACAUCAUGCACCGAAUACGUCGCGGUUAAAUCACGUGAAUCACGAAAAUCGCGAAUCUCAUACUCAAAAUGGCCAAAAUUCUGGACAAGGACCCGGCCACGUACUGCAAGGAACGCGACGGGUUCCUCAGGGACCUCCAACACUUUCACGAAACCAAAGGAACCCCCUUCAAGAGGUGUCCCACCCUGGGCGGACGAGAAGUGGACUUAUUCCUAUUAUAUUCAGUGGUAACAGCCGCAGGAGGAUGGAUUAAGGUCAACACAAAGAACACAUGGGUGGAUAUUCUGUCCCAUUUCAAGGUCCCGACUCAUUGCGUUAACGCCAGCGUCGCGCUCAAACAAAUUUAUUUAAGGUAUUUGGACCGUUGGGAGAAGGUGCAUUUUCUUGGAGAAGACGGUGAAAGAGGAAGCGACGAUGAUGAAGAGAGCAGGCAUAAGCGCUGGUCCGCAAGAGCCCUUCAUUCGGUACCUUACACAUACAACUAUACCCAACAUAAUAUUGCCGAAUCGAACCGCGACUACAACCACAUGUCGACCAACCUGUACAAGGGCUCCGAUUACGACCGCCUGGCCCUAUCCCUAAUCUCCCCGCUGCCCAACGAACAAGACUUCGCAAUAAACGUGUGCACCCUGCUGUCGAACGACGGAAAGCACACGCUGAAACUGGAAAAGCACCCUAGAAUAAUCAAUUUCCUUCUCGGACACGCCGGAGUGUUCCAUCACGAGUCCCUUCGGGAGAUAUUCGUGCAGAACUACUCGAAAGUGAGGAAGCACUCGGUGCACACCUUUUGGAGGGACGUGGUGGAGAGCAAGGAGUACCUGGACUUGACUUUGGAGGGCAAAUUCGUGAGUAAAGUCGAGAUAAAGGAGGUGGGCACGAACUUUUUGAGCGAGGAUAUAUUGAAGCUAACCAAUGUCGUCCCCAUGGAGGUGGACAGCGUCAGCAUUGAGGACGAUUUCGAUAGCGAUUGCGAAAUUGUGUCCACUUCUUCUGGCGGUAACAAGGUUAAGCUGAAAUUGAACGAUGAAGACGAUCAGUUAUUUUGCUUGAAGAGAAGUGUGGGUACGCAGGAUUAUAUUGGGCAAAGGGUUGUGCAGAUUGCCACGAUUUUGAGGAACUUGAGUUUUAUCGAGGAGAAUUUGAGUGUGCUGUCGAAGAAUCAGUGUUUUUUGAGGUUCAUACUGUUGUGCGCUAGUUCUCAGUGGAGUUCGUUGAAGAAUCUGGGCUUGGAUAUGUUGGGUAACCUCGCAAGUGAAUUCAGUCUGAAGGAUGUUUCAAACGACAUACUUUCGACCGCUUUAAUUAAAAUCAUCGUUAGAGGUUUGGAGAGCGAGGACAGGAACUUGUGUAUAUCAUCCUUGGAGGUGCUCAAUAAACUCGGCCAGAACGAGAACAACGAGGACAUUCUUCUCAACACGUUGGAGUGCAGCAUCUACAAGAAAGUUUGCUCUUUCCUGACGAUACACGACGUCAUGCUCCUGAUAUACACCCUCGAGUGUCUGUACUCUUUGAGCUCGUUGGGCGAGAAAUCCUGCAACUUCAUAGUGAUAAACCACGGCGUCAUAGACACCCUGGUGUCUCUGGUGACCGUCGAGGGCAAAAGUUACGGUCCCAAAGCCUGCAUAGGGAUGAAACUGGUGGAGACGGUGACCGGCGUGGCGACAGCGGCUCAGAAUCAGCAGCAGCAGCAGCAGCAGGGGCAGCAACAGGCGCAAGGUGGCGCUGUUGCCGGUGCUUCGGGGGUCGCUGUCAGCGCAGCAACGCCCCUGGCGGCGGCGACGCCGGUUAAAGUGUCGCCGCAGCCGGCGACGCCCGUCAGACAAGUCCAGAUUGCGCCGCAGAGGCUCAUUGCCGUCACCCCAAUGUCAACUCCUUCUGUCCCCGCGGCGGCCGUGGUGCAAACCCCGACGUCGAUCGCCGUCUCGUCGGCGAGCGUCGUCGCAGCCAGCUCCGUCCUGACGCCUCAGCAGGCCAUCCAGCAGCAGCACGCGCACCAGCAGGCCAUCCACGAGAACGAGCAGUUCGCUUUGGCGUGGCUGAGGGCGACGUACGAGCCGGCCGUCAACGGCAGGAUCGACCAUCAGGAGCUCUACAAGCACUACUUGAACAGCUGCUCGAAAAUCGGCAGGAAGGGGGUCAUAUCGCCGCUGCAUUUCCCCAGAUGUGUCAGGUCUGUGUUCGGAGGAACCGUCGGACCGAACCCCAUGAAGCCAGUAAACCCCUUGGACCCGCAGUACUACGACGGCAUUAAGGUGCGCCCCACCCCCCUCAUUAUAAGUAUUCCCAACUCCGCCCCCGCCCCCGCCGCCGCCCCUCCGAAAUCCGGCAACCCUUUGGCGGCGGUCCGCAAGAAACCUCAAAGCAUCCAACCCGCCCCCCCUCCUGCCGCUGCCUCCCCUUCGGAGACCCCCUCCGCGGACGGUUUGCCUCCCGCCUCCCCCAUCCUGAAAGCGCAGCUGAGCGCCCCUCCCAAACAGCAACAGCCGGCAACGCAGCUGAAAGACGGCAACGCUGCUGCUGCUGCGAGCGAUUCGAAAAGUCAGGCAAUGGCGCAUCCGCACUUGAGCCAAGCUUUGCUAGGGACGAGCAGCGCGACGUCUACGACGACGCUGACGACGCCUACGACGACGCUGACGACGCCUUCAGUGGCGUCGGUUCAGCAACAGGUCGCGCCGAAGGAAGGUCAAAGUAGCACGUCGCUGAUUAAAAGUCUUUUGGCUAAUAAGGUAAACGAUUGCAUGUCGACGGUGAGCAUGAAGACAACCGACUGCCAAAAUGUAGCUCAGGUCGCAGCUAGGCAACAACAGCAACGCCUUCUGGCGCAGCAAAACGCGCCUGCAUCGCAAACGUCAACGCCAUCUGACGGCCAAAAAGGCAACAAAACGAACGAAACCCCCAAGGCGUCGAGACUGAACGGCGCCCGGCAAUUGUUCAACGACAACGACGUGGCGGACAAUUCGGUGUCGUCGACGACGCAAUUCACCAGCGCAAUAAAAGGCAAGAAGGAGCCGCCCCAGCCGCCGCCUCCGCCAUUAGCGCCGCUAAGCAACAACUUGAAGAAGGUGAAGUGCGAGAACGAGGACUCGAACAACUCUCUCUCGGUGGGGACGGUGGGGAUAGGCGGGAUAUCGAGCACGGAGGACGGGGGGGACAACUCCCUGACGUCCUUCGAGGGUUUGCUGAACGGGGUGCCGAACGUCGACGCGCAGAUGAACAACGAGGACGACGAUUUGAAGGAGUUGGUGAACAUAGGCGGCAACAACGAGAUCCUCAUGAACAAACCGUUGCGGUUGGCUGAUCUGCUCGAGAAGAAGUUCGAGAAGAGUCCGCCCGUGUUGAACGGCGCGUUGGGUAAGGACCUGCGGUUGGGCAACAGGACCGGCUUAGAUUUGGUGGAGAACCACAUCGAGAAAGCGCUGAGGGACAGCGAGUGCCACACGGUGAAAUCGGAGGGCAUCAAAAUCGACGUGGACGAGGAUGUAAUAGAGGAGCACGUAAUCAGUAUUGACGAGGACAAGAAGCUGAGCCUUAAGAGGGCCGCGACGGAGGAAAUCGUGGAGUUGGAAAGCAAAAAGCCGCUGCUGAGCAACGUGAACGGCUCGAACCCCUCGAACACAGCUUCGACAGCUGCGGCGAAGCUGUUUGCCGAUUUGGCUGCCGAUAUUUUGGAGGACGAGGACGAAGAGCAGCUUCUGCAGGAAGCCAGCGCCCCUACCAUCUCUAUUGACGCUUCGGGCGCCGUGCAGGUGACUCCUGCGGCGCAGCCGAGUGCGCAGCCGCACCAGCAGCUGAUCGCGCCCGCGCAGCAGCAGCCGCAGAGGAUCGUGGUCAGCCAGGCGCAGCUGCAGUCCACUCCGAUCAAGAGCGGCCAGACUGUCAUCGUUAACGCGGGCCAGCAGCGGAACCCGAUGCUCAUACAGCAGUCAAAUCCGCAGUUUCUGCUGUCGUCGUCGGGCAUUCAGGGAUUACAAGGUCAAGUUCAGCUGGUGGCCGGUUCGACGCCUGGGCAGUACGUGCUGCAAACAAGCGGCUCUCAGGGCUACGUGGUGGCGCAGCCGCAAACGGCGGUCGUGCACGGACAGCAGCAAACGGUUUUGGUGGCGCAAACCUCGCAACAGCAAGGCACCGGCGCCAAGACCAUCAUCAUCUUGCAACAGCAACCGAACAACGUCACGCAGCACCAAAAGGUGAUGGUGACGCCGCAGGGUCAACAGGUGGUCGUAACUCAAGUUCCUAGGCCGGUGAUGGCGUCGGUGUCGACGAACAACGCCGUCUCGGCGCAGCAGGGCGCCAAGACGUCGAUGGUGAUGGCAACGUCGAAACUGACUACGCCCGCCACCGCCAACGGCGUCGUAGUCGUGACGGAGAAGAAGGAGGAGCAGCCCAAAAUACCAAAGAUUGUCAGGGACUUGACCACGGCGUUCGUAUGCGAGUGGGGCACAUGCAACAUUGAUACUAAGUUUAAGUCGGCCAAUCAGGUGUAUUUGCACGCUUGCGAGGCGCAUUGUCCGCAAGGAAACGAAGAGGUGGUUUGUCAGUGGGACCGAUGCGAUACGAUGAAACGGAAAAGGUUUUCCUUGAUGACCCACCUGAACGAUAAACAUUGCAAUCCCGAGGCGAUGAAACAAAAUCUCGUUCGACGGAAAAAAGAGGCGCAGGGCGGCAAGGUGGAGCCGCCGGCGCCCGCCCCCACCACUCCUCAUCCGGGAUACGCCCCCGACGCCGCUUUGCACGCCAUCAAGCGGCAUGCGCUUGAAUUUGUCAAUCCCAAGGAACUGCAAACGCAAAAGUCAUCAAAACACACGACCGUAAUGUCGACGGUCACGACUCGUCCAGGACCGGUUCAGCCCGAACAGGAUGACAAUGAGGGCCCAGUGACAAAAAGUAUUCGUUUAACAGCAUCUCUAAUUUUAAGGAAUCUCGUUAUAUACAGCACUACUUGUAGAAGGUACUUAAAGGGUUAUGAGUCCCAUUUGGCGAACGUAGCGUUAAGUAAUGUGGAGUCGUCUCGAACAAUCGCCCAAAUUCUCUACGACAUGAACGAAAACUCGAACCACAGGUGACCGAAGAAGCAACGGGACGUUUUUGUCUAUGUAACUAAAGUAAAGCCGGAUAAGGACACCCAGUGAAAAUUAUUGUGAAUAAAUCUAAAAAAUUGACUAAUUAUGUAAAUUAUUUUAAGUGGAAAGUGUUAAAAUGUACAAAUAUUAGUGUUUAGGUACUAAAAUGCCUAAUUGUUAUUUUUAUAUUAUUUACUAUUUACUAGUGUAAACCAAGCUUAAAAACUAUGCAAAUUUGUUUUUUUCUUCUGUUUUUUUUGGAUUAAGUCUUCAAACAUAGUAAAUAAACAUGAACGAUUUUUAUAUAUCUGUGCAAUUUUUCUCUCUGUAAAUAAAAUCACACACUUGUUUUAUCAAAAACAUUGGUUGUUAAAAAAGGUAAGUUCAAUAAUAAUUAUUAUUUUAAUCUACUUUUUUUGUCUCUAUAGUAUGUUCAAAUUCUAAUACCAACCCAAUCUUGCUGAGGUUUUGAAUGUAUUAUACUUAUUGGCUUUUACAAUUUAGUGUAUUAUAUUUUUAAAUUUAAUUCCACAGCCAAUGUUUUUAUACUGCAUCUGAACAAACAAAAUUCAUUUCCUGGCCAUCAAAACAUAUUCUUUGUGAUAGAUCUUUAACAAAUGCACCAUUAUUUAAAUAAUCAGUAUUAAACUUAAAAACAAGACUCAUUCUUGGUGUAAAUAAACAAAUAAAUAAUUUUUUAAAUGUAUUUCACUUUAUAGUCGGUUUUUAUCAGGAAUCUGACAAUUUUUGACAUUGGUAGCACUGUAUUUUAAUUUAAAUUUUUUUACCGUUUUGAGAAAAAUGUUAAUUUUAUUAGAUUCCUCAUACAAAAUUGACUCAAUAACAUUUAUUUAAUUUCAUGACAUAUUAUCAUUGCAAAUGAUAAAACAAAUUUUAGUUGCUUUUAAGGUGGUCUUUUUAAUUUUAAAUAUAGUUUUUGAAUUGUCUUUUUACUAUUGUUCAUUUUUUAAACGACUGAAUUUUGUGUGAAUUGUAAUUUUUGUAUCUAUAACCACCUUAAACCUGUAAAAUGUUUACACCUUUAAAGAAAAUAAAUGCAUUUAAUGUAGC